CAAACCAAAGACCCACAAGCGCUCCCUUCUGAGAUCUCCUUCUGGGAGGGAGCUUGUUUAAAUGCAGCUGUAUCGGCCAUAUUGAACAUCUGGAAGACAUGUACACAGGUCUACAGGUCUGGCUUCAAAAUCCUAAUCUGACCCUGAGGAGAGAAGUUCUGACUUUGAGAGAGAGGAGGGGGCACUGCCUCUAAAAUGAGUCUCUCUGGGGAGAGAGAGGAAGGGGGCACUGCCUCUAAAAUGAGUCUCUCUGGGGAACAUGACAUGGACACCAAAGCUAAGAGCCCAAUCCAGGAGAGACCAGCCUCACCUGUACCCAGCUGUGUGUCCAUGAAGAGUGACAGGUCUAUGAUUGAACCUAUCAAUUUCAAAGCUGGAGGAGGACCUUCUAAUGAGGAAGGGAUCAGACAGCAGAGACCAGCCUCACCUGUACCCAGCUGUGUGUCCAUGAAGAGUGACAGGUCUAUGGCUCCACCUAUCGUGUUCAGUGAUGGAGGAGGACCUUCUAAUGAGGAAGGAGAUCAACAGGAGAAGUCUGAGUCAGACCAGAGUCACCAUGAGGACUUGUCCUCCAUAUUCACAGUGCUUGAGGAGACGGUCAUCAGGUUUGUGAAGAAAGAGCUGAAGAGGAUGAAGAGGAUUCUGAGUUCAGAUUUCCCAGAAGGCUUAAAGAGUCAGAAGGAGGACCAGGAAGUGGUGGACCCUGAAUAUCAGAAGCAGGAGAGCAGUGCCAGAAAGGGAGCUCUGAAGAUCACACUGCACGUCCUGAGGAACAUGAACCACAAUGAGCUGGCUGACACUCUGGAGAAAAAUGAGCGUGCUGAGAUUUGUCAACAGAAACUCAAAUCUGAACUAAAGAAGAAGUUUGAAACUGUGUUCGAGGGCAUAGCCAAACAAGGAAAUCCAACUCUUCUCAAUAAGAUCUACACAGAUCUCUACAUCACAGAGGGUGAGAGUGGAGAGAUCAAUAAUGAACAUGAGGCGAGACAGAUUGAGACAGCAUCCAGGAAAUCAGCAAGAACAGAAACAGCCAUCACAUGCAACAACAUCUUUAAACCCUCAGCUGGACGAGAUACACAUAUCAGAAUUGUUCUGACAAAAGGAGUUGCUGGCAUCGGAAAAACUGUCUCUGUGCAGAAGUUCAUCACGGACUGGGCUGAGGGACUAGCCAAUCAGGAAAUCCAAUUCAUCUUUCCUCUGCCAUUUCGAGAGCUAAAUGUGUUGGAUGGAGAAGAGUUCAGUCUGAUGGAACUUGUCCAUCACUUCUUCUCAGAAACCAGAGAAUCAGGAAUCUCCAACUACGACAAGUACAACGUUCUGUUUGUCUUUGACGGUCUGGAUGAGUGUCGACUGCCCUUAGCCUUCAAAAAGAACAAGAGCUGGUGUGAUGUCACAGAGUCCACCUCAGUGGAUGUGCUGCUGACCAACCUGAUCAGAGGAAAGCUGCUUCCCUCUGCUCUCAUCUGGAUCACCACUCGACCUGCAGCAGCCAAUCAGAUCCCUUCUGAGUGUGUUGACCUGGUGACAGAGGUACGAGGGUUCAAUGACCCACAGAAGGAUGAGUACAUCAUGAAGAGAUGCAGUGAUGAGAUCCUGGCCAGGAGAAUCAUCUCACACAUCAAGACAUCAAGGAUCCUCUACAUUAUGUGCCACAUACCAGUCUUCUCUUGGAUUACUGUUACAGUCCUUGAACACAUGCUGAGAACAGAGAAGAAAGAGAAGAUGCCUAAGACCCUGACUGAGAUGUACACAACCUUCCUGGUGUUACAGAACAAACAGAGGAAAGUGAAGUAUGCUGGGAAAACUGAGACAGAUCCACACUGGGAUGAAGAGAGCAUUAAGAGCAUUCUGUCACUGGGAAAACUGGCCUUCCACCAGUUGGACAAAGGCAACCUGAUCUUCUAUGAGAAAGACCUGACAGAGUGUGGCAUUGAUGUCCGUGAUGCCUCAGUGCACUCAGGAGUGUUCACACAGAUCUUCAGACAGGAUGGUAAAGUCUUCCAGGAGAAGGUGUUCUGCUUUGUCCAUCUGAGCUUUCAGGAGUUUCUGGGUGCUGUGUUUGUGUUUCUCUCAUUCAUCAACAACAAGCAGAAUCUGAUGUCUGAGACUCCAUCAGCUUCCAGUUCCAACAAACUUUUGGCUCUUUUCAAAGAGAAACCAGAAGUCCGAUUCUACAAGAGUGCUGUGGACAAGGCCUUGCAGAGUAAGAAUGGACAGCUGGACCUUUUCCUCCGCUUCCUCCUGGGCCUCUCAAUGGAGUCCAACCAGACUCACUUACGAGGCCUACUGAGUCAGAAAAGUAACAAGACGGAGAGCCAUGAGGAAACAGUCAAGUACAUCAAGGAGAAGAUCAGAGAGGAUCCCUCUGCAGAGAGAUGCAUGAAUCUGUUCCACUGCCUGAAUGAACUGAAUGACCAUUCUCUGGUGGAGGAGAUCCAACACUACCUGAGCUCAGGAAGUCUCUCCAGUGAGAAGAAGCUCUCAUCUACACAGUGGUCAGCUCUAGUCUUUCUGUUGCUGACUUCAGAAGAGAAGAUGGACGUGUUUGACCUGAAGAUAUACUCCAGAUCAGAGGAAGGUCUUCUGAGGCUGCUGCCAGUGGUCAAAGACUCCAAAACUGCUCUGCUGAAUGACUGUAACCUCUCAGCACGGUGCUGUGAAGCGCUGGCCUCAGCUCUCCCCUCCUCAGAUCUGACAGAGCUGGACUUGAGUAACAACAACCUGGGGGAUUCAGGCAUGAAGCUGCUCUCUGCUGGACUGAGGAAUCCACUCUGCAAGCUGGAGACACUGAGGCUGUCAGACUGUCAGAUCACAGAAGAAGGCUGUGCUUCUCUGGGUUCAGCUCUGAAGUCAAACCCCUCCCUUCUGAGAGAUCUGAAUCUAAGCAACAGUGACAUGACGGAUUCAGGCAUGAAGCUGCUCUCUGCUGGACUGGGGAAUCCACUCUGCAAACUGGAGACACUGAGGCUGUCAGGCUGUCACAUCAAAGAAGAAGGCUGUGCUUCUCUGGCCUCAGCACUGAAGUCAAAUCCCGUCCUGAGAGAACUGCACCUGAGUAAAUGUGACCUACAGAUUUUAGACAUGAAGGUGCUCUUUUCUCUACAGGAAAAUCCACUCUGCAAACUGGAGAGUCUGAGGCUGUCAGACUGUCAGAUCACAGAAGAAGGCUGUGCUUUUCUGGGUUCAGCUCUGAAGUCAAACCCCUCCCUUCUGAGAGAUCUGGAUCUAAGCAACAGUGACCUGAGGGAUUCAGGCAUGAAGCUGCUCUCUGCUGUACUGGAGGAUCCACUCUGCAAACUGGAGACACUGAGGCUGUCAGACUGUCACAUCACAGAAGAAGGCUGUGCUUCUCUGGGUUCAGCUCUGAAGUCAAACCCCUCCCUUCUGAGAGAUCUGGAUCUAAGCAACAGUGACCUGACAGAUUCAGGCAUGAAGCUGCUGUCUGCUGGACUGGGGAAUCCACUCUGCAAACUGGAAACACUGAGGCUGUCAGGCUGUCACAUCACAGAGGAAGGCUGUGCUUCUCUGAGCUCAACUCUGAAGUCAUCCUCCUUCCUGAGACAACUGGAGCUAAGUAACAAUGAUCUGAAGGAUGCCGGCAUGAAGCUGCUCUCUGCUGGACUGGGGAAUCCACUCUGCAAGCUGGAGACACUGAGGCUGUCAGGCUGUCACAUCACAGAGGAAGGCUGUGCUUCUCUGAGCUCAACUCUGAAGUCAACCUCCUUCCUGAGACAUCUGGAGCUAAGUAACAAUGAUCUGAAGGAUGCCGGCAUGAAGCUGCUCUCUGCUGGACUGGGGAAUCCACUCUGCAAGCUGGAGACACUGAGGCUGUCAGGCUGUCACAUCACAGAGGAAGGCUGUGCUUCUCUGAGCUCAACUCUGAAGUCAACCUCCUUCCUGAGACAUCUGGAGCUAAGUAACAAUGAUCUGAAGGAUGCCGGCAUGAAGCUGCUCUCUGCUGGACUGGGGAAUCCACUCUGCAAGCUGGAGACACUGAGGCUGUCAGGCUGUCACAUCACAGAGGAAGGCUGUGCUUCUCUGAGCUCAACUCUGAAGUCAACCUCCUUCCUGAGACAUCUGGAGCUAAGUAACAAUGAUCUGAAGGAUGCCGGCAUGAAGCUGCUCUCUGCUGGACUGGGGAAUCCACUCUGCAAGCUGGAGACACUGAGGCUGUCAGGCUGUCACAUAACAGAGGAAGGCUGUGCUUUUCUGAGCUCAGCUCUGAAUUCAACCUCCUUCCUGAGACAACUGGAUUUAAGUAACAAUGAUCUGAAAGAUGCCGGCAUUAAGCAGCUCUCUGCUGGACUGGGGAAACCACUCUGCAAACUGGAGACACUGAGGCUGUCAGGCUGUCACAUCAAAGAAGAAGGCUGUGCUUCUCUGGCCUCAGCACUGAAGUCAAAUCCCGUCCUGAGAGAACUGCACCUGAGUAAAUGUGACCUACAGAUUUUAGACAUGAAGGUGCUCUCUUCUCUACAGGAAAAUCCAGUCUGCAAACUGGAGAGUCUGAGGCUGUCAGACUGUCAGAUCACAGAAGAAGGCUGUGCUUCUCUGGGUUCAGCUCUGAAGUCAAACCCCUCCCUUCUGAGAGAUCUGAAUCUAAGCAACAGUGACCUGACGGAUUCAGGCAUGAAGCUGCUCUCUGCUGGACUGGGGAAUCCACUCUGCGAACUGGAGACACUGAGGCUGUCAGGCUGUCACAUCAAAGAAGAAGGCUGUGCUUCUCUGGCCUCAGCACUGAAGUCAAAUCCCGUCCUGAGAGAACUGCACCUGAGUAAAUGUGACCUACAGAUUUUAGACAUGAAGGUGCUCUCUUCUCUACAGGAAAAUCCACUCUGCAAACUGGAGAGUCUGAGGCUGUCAGACUGUCAGAUCACAGAAGAAGGCUGUGCUUCUCUGGGUUCAGCUCUGAAGUCAAACCCCUCCCUUCUGAGAGAUCUGAAUCUAAGCAACAGUGACCUGACGGAUUCAGGCAUGAAGCUGCUCUCUGCUGGACUGGGGAAUCCACUCUGCGAACUGGAGACACUGAGGCUGUCAGGCUGUCACAUCAAAGAAGAAGGCUGUGCUUCUCUGGCCUCAGCACUGAAGUCAAAUCCCGUCCUGAGAGAACUGCACCUGAGUAAAUGUGACCUACAGAUUUUAGACAUGAAGGUGCUCUCUUCUCUACAGGAAAAUCCACUCUGCAAACUGGAGAGUCUGAGGCUGUCAGACUGUCAGAUCACAGAAGAAGGCUGUGCUUCUCUGGGUUCAGCUCUGAAGUCAAACCACUCCCUUCUGAGAGAUCUGGAUCUAAGCAACAGUGACCUGAGGGAUUCAGGCAUGAAGCUGCUCUCUGCUGUACUGGAGGAUCCACUCUGCAAACUGGAGACACUGAGGCUGUCAGGCUGUCACAUCACAGAGGAAGGCUGUGCUUCUCUGAGCUCAACUCUGAAGUCAACCUCCUUCCUGAGACAUCUGGAGCUAAGUAACAAUGAUCUGAAGGAUGCCGGCAUGAAGCUGCUCUCUGCUGGACUGGGGAAUCCACUCUGCAAGCUGGAGACACUGAGGCUGUCAGGCUGUCACAUCACAGAGGAAGGCUGUGCUUCUCUGAGCUCAACUCUGAAGUCAACCUCCUUCCUGAGACAUCUGGAGCUAAGUAACAAUGAUCUGAAGGAUGCCGGCAUGAAGCUGCUCUCUGCUGGACUGGGGAAUCCACUCUGCAAGCUGGAGACACUGAGGCUGUCAGGCUGUCUGGUCACAGAGGAAGGCUGUGCUUCUCUGGCCUCAUCUCUGAGGUCCAACCCCUUCCACCUUAGGGAACUGGACCUGAGCUACAAUCAUCCAGGAGAAAAAGGAUUGAAGCUGCUCUCUGCUGGACUGGAGGAUCCACACUGCAGACUGGAGAAACUCAAUGUGGAUCAUGGUGGAGAGUGCAGGAUCAAACCUGGCCCUAGGAGAUAUGCCUGUGAGCUCACACUGGACCCAAACACAGCAUGCAGACACCUCUCUCUGUCUGAGGAGAACAGAAAGGUGACAAGGAGGAGAGAGGAGCAGCCGUAUCCUGAUCACCCAGAGAGAUUUGAGGACAGGUCACAGGUGCUGUGUAGAGAGGGUCUGUCUGGGCGCUGUUACUGGGAGGCAGAGUGGAGUGGAAGAGGAGGGGUUCGUAUAGCAGUGACAUAUAAAGGAAUCAGCAGGAGAGGAAGGGGUGAUGACUGUGUGCUUGGAUACAAUAACAAGUCCUGGAGUCUGAGGUGUGAUGAUAACAGUUACUCUGCCUGGCACAAUAAGAAGAGCACUGCCAUACCUGCCCCCCCCUCCAGCUCCCACAGAGUAGGAGUGUAUCUGGACUGGCCGGCCGGCACUCUGUCCUUCUACACAGUCUCCUCUGACACACUGACCGACCUGCACACAUUCCACAGCACAUUCACUGAGCCCCUCUAUCCUGGGUUCAGGGUUUAUUAUGACUCCUCAGUGUCCCUGUGUCAGGUAGAAUAGCCCACACACACUCACACACACCGUGCUCACAUAGAUGUUAGUGAAGACUGAACUGUACAGUUGGAAUUGAUAUCCCAGAGUGUUUGUAAAUAUUGGUGUGUGUAGAAUGUUUGUUUUGUUUUAACCUUUUAGAUGUAAAUAUUACUGAUAUUAAAUAUUAUUAAUAUCUCUAAAUAUUACAGACGCUUCCACCAGAGUGAGUUAUUUUUCCAAAACGGAAGCUAGCUUUAGUUAGCUUCCGUUACCUAGCAACCUAGCAUGAUACUCGUAGCAAUGCUACUACCUGCUAGUGUUACUUGUUAGCCUCCUAAUUGUACAUUUUGAAGCCAUACUACAGCGUUUGUCAUGUAGUUUUUGUCUAUCGGAAAAUAGUCGGUUGGAAUGUUCAGAAUCACACGUGUGACGUUACUCUGUGGGGCUUUCGAACUAUCGCACAUGUGUGAUGCUGCUCCUUAACGGGUUAAUUGUUGACAAACAACAAUCCUGUCUUUGAUCUCAGUUCCACUGAAUGUGAUGAACUAAAUAGUGUCUUACUGACUAAAUAAGGAGAAAUAAAGAUGUUUUAUACAGGAUGAUAGAA